AUGAGGCGGCCGAGCGUGAGCGCGCUUCUCUUCUGGCUUGUGAUUGCUGUGUGCUUCGUUGGGGCGGCACAAGCUUUAGUGGAGACGCCGUGGACGGGACUGACGGCCAAGUACAGCCCUCGCUUUCGCUACGAGAAAGCGAGUAUGCUGCCCAACCCACAGCAGGACAUCAAAGCCCACGACUUCUUCAAACUGUCGUUCUCUUUCGUUGAUGGCAAGUUCACCACGCCGUGGAUUACGGUGUGGGACGCGAAGCAGAACAUCUACCUCAACUACAUCGAGUUCGUGUUCCUGUAUUCGGGCAACGAGAUCAUCGGCGUCGACUAUCACGUAGACUACAACAACGACCCGGAGCAUGGCGGCAAGAGCCUGGAGGACGUGGACGCGAUGCUGGCGCUCAUGCUUUGCGGCGGAUUCAUCGCAACCAUGGUCGUACUCCUCUUCGCCGUGUUCGACUCUCAAGGCACCACCCGGCUCCAGAAGUUCAGCGAGUUGAUCAACAGCGAGGAAGAGGCGCGGCCGGUGGCCUCCUCGUUGCCGUACGUGGACACCAGCUACGACGAGCGCCCCGCGCCCAGCCGCCGACACGUCAACGGCGGCGGCAGCGGAGGCAAGAACCGAUCGUCGGCGACCUACGUGGAGUACGACAACGCGCGAGGCCCGAUGGCCAUGAUGGAGGGCGCCGGCGGCUUCGUGCCCUCGUGGGCGGCCACCACCAGCGCACAGCCACCAUCAGCCGAAGAAGAAGGAGACGAGGUGAUCCCCAUGGAAGCGUUUCCCGCCGAUGAGGAGGAUCGAGGCACGGCCACCGGCACCAGCCGAGGGAACGAGCGUGAGGACUAUGAUGGUAGCGCCGUGGCUGAAGAUUUCGUGAGCAUCGACGCGCUCGGCCAGCUCCCCGCGGGAGCGUCGACGACGCCGGUCGGCUCGGCGCCCACCUACCUCCAGCAGCCCAUCGUGCGAAGGAAGGGGCCGUCGGACGAUCAUGCCUCUACAUCCCGCAAGGACGACUGA